CGUUUGAAGUUUUUAUAUUUUUCAGUCAGUUAACUCAGCCCCGGAAAAGAGCACAUAAGGGAUUUAGAAUAGGUGAAUCUCUGUAAUAUUUGUCAAUCAUGAAUAAGGUCAAAUCAUUAUUUACAAUUCAGGAUAAUACACUUAUCGGACAAAAAAUUGAAUUUCCUUUCGACUUUGUAAACGUGAGCCAGUUGGUCUUAGAAAAUUUAAAAAAACAUCCAGAUUUUGUUGGCCAGAUAGACUCAAGUACUGGAAAAACCUCUACGUAUAAAAUAUUAGCUGAUCAAAGUAUUCGCUGUGCGAUUUGGCUAACCAGACAAAAGAUACGCUCGGGUGACAUUGUAUGUAUAUUUACGGAAAAUAAUAUUUUAUCCUGGGUUCCUUUCUUAGCCAUUCAGUAUAUCGGUGCGGUUUUCAAUGGAGGAACCCGAGAUUUGUCACCUGGUGGAGCGCGAGAUUUUCUUAAACAUUGUCAACCUAAAAUAAUCUUCACCGAUGAUGGAACCAUUCAAAAGAUUAAGGAAGCAGUCAGGGAGGUAAAUUUGAACGCAAAGAUUGUCGCUUUUAGUCAAAGUCCUGACUUUAUAUCCUUCGAGGACAUUCUUAAGGAAUCAAGUACAGAUGAAGUUGAAAAAUUCAAGUGCACUUCUGUAAACCAAGAUGAUAACGCAUGGUUACUCUGUUCUUCUGGUAGCACUGGUAAACCAAAACCAGUGAUGUACUCAUACGGAGGAAUUUUUAAAAGAAUUUUCACGUACAAAUAUGUUUAUGCAAAAGAGGACGGAAAAGUAUUUUUCUAUUAUAUCGAAUUGAAUGGAAAUUCAACUCCUCUACUUAUUAUGCGAGCUAUUCUGUCACUUUCGCCUACUGUCAUUGCACAUCACUUAACCCCGGAGGAAUUUUGCGAAGUAACAGAAAAAUACAAGGUGCAGUUUGCACGUUUAGGAACGCGUACUGCAACUCUCCUUAGUAAAUUAGAUCUAAGAAACUAUGAUUUAUCAUCUUUAAAUCUGAUUGUUAUUGGAGGCGACAAAACAAGAUUAGAAAUUACGAAGGCAAUUAAUAAAAUGUUGCCAAAUGGCGAAGUAAUUCAAGGAGGUGGUAUGACCGAAGCAGGUGGAAGAGUCAUAGAACAAGAACGAGGUCACAACAAUCAUGAAUCUUUCGGUUUUGUAUGCAGAAAUGCACAAGUCAAAAUUGUCGAUAUAAGGACGAGGGAGACUUUGAGUCCAAAUCAAGUUGGAGAGCUUUGCUACAAAACUGAAUUUUUGAUGAAAUGUUAUUAUAAGCAUCCAAAACUUACUAAGGAAGUGAUUGAUUCAGAAGGGUGGCUUCACUCUGGAGACUUAGGAUAUUUUGAUGAAGAAGGUUACAUUUAUUUUGUGGAAAGAAUGAAAUGUACUAUAAAAUACAAAGACUUCUAUGUAUCAGCAGCUGAAAUUGAAAAUUUGUUGAUAAAACAUCCAGAUAUAGAAGAUGUUGCUGUAGUUGGAGCUCCACAUGUCCUUGAUAAUGAACAUCCUAUGGCUUUUGUUGUUAAAAUAAAGAACUCAGAGGUAUCGGAAGCAGACAUUAUACAAUUAUCUGAGCAACUUGGUACACACAAAAAACUUCGAGGUGGGGUAAUAUUUCUAGAAACGUUGCCACGUAUGGAUGAGAAAAUUCAUAGAGUGACCUUAAAGGAAAUGGCCAAACGUUACGCCCUGAAACAAUAAUACUAGCAUAAUUCUUACCGACGAUAUAUUUGCUCGCAUUAUUGAUUAUAAAUUUAUUAAAAUUCUUUGGGGCACAAAUGUUCACAGGACCACAAUAUGGUUUUGGGAGUCUCCAACCCACAAUCUAACAAGCCCCAAACCCACAAGCUCUAGACCCACAAACUCCAAAUGUACAAUCUCCAUAUCCACAAUUCUACAAACCCCAAACCCAUAAACCUCAAACCCAUAAACCUUAAAUCCACAAGGUCCAUAUCAACAAACGUACAAAACCCAAACCCAAAAACCACAAACCCACAAAAUCCAUACCCACAAACCUAAAAACCUCAAACUCUAGAACCCAAAUCCACAAACCUCAAAACCAACAACCUUAAUUCCAAAAACCCAAAUAGCUCACAUCUUAUAAUAUGAAUUGAGAAAUUGUUAUAAUUUGAAGUUGUUGGGUUUGGGAGUUUAGGGUUUGUGUGUUUGUGGGUUUAGGAUUUGUGGGUUUGGGAUUGUUGCUGUGGGUCUUAUACGUUUGUGGAUAUAUAGCUUGCGGGUUUAGGAUUUGUGGGUUUGGAUUUUUUUGGUUUGGGGUUUAUAGGUUUGUUGAUAUAAGGCUUGUGGUUUUCGGGCAUGUUUGUCUAAGGUUUGGGGGUUGUUAAUUUAGGGUUUGUAGGUUUGGGAAUGAAAUUUAUGCUGGAAUUCCGGGUUCAAUUCUGCGAAUGAAUUCGUGUUCAGCAACCGCAAAAACGUAAAUUAUACCUAUUAUAAUCCCAGUAGACUCCCAAAAGCAUUUCAUGGCCCUGUUUAUUCUUUGUGAUUCAAUUGGGACGCUU